AGAGGCAACAGCACAGAAAGACGGCAUUCAGUCCAAGAAAGACUGGGACAGCAGUCACUCCCCAAGCCAGCAGUUGAACAGUUGCAUGAGCCUGAGAGGGAGAAGCCGAUGAAAUAACUGGGAAGGGACUAUGCUCGAGAAGUCUUACUUCCUGCUCUCACUUCUCCAAGCUGGACUGGCACAAGAGUGGGAAGCCAAUACUCCACGUGAGGUGGUGGCACAGGAAGGUUCCUGUGCACAGAUUCCAUGCCGCUACAGUUACCCUUCACAUCUGGCAAACCUCCCGCCAGUCGGAAUUUGGUUUAAUAAUGAGGAUCAGAGAACCCUGCCAACUGUUUUUCACUCCAAGGAUCACAGUCGUGAGUUGGCACGGUUCCGCCAUCGCACCCAGCUGUCUGGUGACUUGAAAGACGGAGACUGUUCCCUGAUUAUAAACAACAUCACACAGGAAGAUGCAGGAUCCUAUUAUUUCAGAGUAGAAUUUGUCAAUGUGAACAGUUACAGCUACCGUCCUGCCACCCAGCUUCACGUUUCUGAUUUCAAAGAUAAACCCACGAUAUUCCCUGAGGAAAUUAUCGCGGGGAAGCGUGUGAACCUAAGUUGCACCUUCAACACAACGUGCAAUGGAACAGCUCCUGUCUUAACCUGGGAUACUCCCACUGCCAUACCUGGAUCAGUCUCAAACACUGUAACUCAGCACGGAGUCACUCUGAUCUAUACUUCUGUUCUGAGCCUGAUCCCAUCACCCAGACACCAGGGAAAAACUCUCACCUGCAGAGUGAGUUAUCCAACUGUUUCAUCAGAGCAGAUCUUCGUACUGACAGUGCAAUACUCACCAUGGAAUCUCACAAUUACUUUUCUUCGUGUGGUUGAAGAUUCAUUGAUCAAUUCUACUGAUAGGAAUUCUAAAAUGAUAAUCUGCUCUGUGGAGAGUUUCCCAGCUUCUAACUUGACAUGGAGUCAUCUUCAUGUGAUAAUGAACAGAACAAGUUCCAACAAUGAGCUGUGGUUGAAGCUUCCAUAUGCUACAUAUCGGAAGACUGGAGACUAUCAGUGUGUGGCAGAGAAUGAACAUGGAGCAGUGGAGGGCUCCAUCACCAUCACUGUGGAUCGUCACGCUUUCGGUGAAUGGAAAGCAGGAUUGUUUGGAGCUGGAAUCGCUUUGAGUGUUGGACUGAGUGCAUUCUUCAUCUUCAGAUGCAUGAGAACAGCAAGAAACACAGGAAGAGACCAUUCAGCCCAAACCAAACAUGUGGGCAGGGACAGCCCAGAGGAACAGUUGGACAAGUCCAGGCAGAAAGACAACAAGGGACAGGAAAUAAAAUCUAAACUGAAUUCAUAUGUUGAAGAGGAUCUGUAUGAAAACUGCAAGUGUGACCAGGGUCCUGUGUAUGGAAAUGUAUAAACAGAAAUAGAACGAGGGAUGCAUCCUCUCUUUUGGUAUUCCCCUUCCCAACUCCAAUGGAUAGAAACCUCUUUUUAUAUCCUUUUUAGUGCCAGUGUAAUCCCAUGCCAGUAAGUUCUCAGUCACAGGAACUGUCUGGGCAAAUCAUCACCCGAUCAGUUAUUCAUGAUGGGAAUCUACAGAUGGUUGUCGACCAGACCAUGCAUACAAAAUCCAAAAUACAAUGCCUACCAGCAGAUGUGAUUCUGCGAUUGGGGACAGCACUUUCUGAACAUCUCAGAAUGUGCCAAACACCAAUUAAAUAAAAACAAAUGAGCUCGUGAACUGCGUCAUUUGAUCGCCGUGACACAUCUUCGUACCCUGGGAUACCCUCUCUGCAAAGAAAAAAAAAAUUAACUUCUUGAACUUCUUUUCUGAUAUAUCUUGAGCCUGAUUACCGGGGAACUGAAAACGCCUAUAGUUUUGUGUUGCUCUGACUGUGACAAUGCCUCAGUUUUUAGAUUCACACUGCUAACCAAUCCAUCCCCUUUCCUCUUGCAGUAUAAACUGUUGUGAUUAUUACAUUUCAGAUUUAUAUCAUGACUGUAACAGAGCGAGGCAGGGAAAUAGACUGUUUGUAGAACCAGGAGAUUUUCUGCAGUCCAGACUGAGAUGGGAAAUAUAGGCAUUAUAGCUUCACCACUGGCUGGAGGACAUCAUUACACUGUGACAUUUACAUUGAUGUUUCUAAUGUAAUUGCAAACUAGAAACGCUGAUAUGAAAUGUUGAUCGCAGAUGUGAGAUUUUCAACAUAUCAUUGCUGGAUGGAGCAACUAGAGGAUGAGCUAAAGCUGCAAUAAUCAACUGUAUCUUCGAAAAUAGAACCAAGCCCACCCUAAGAGCUGACUUGAUGUGUGGAGCUGCAUAUUGCAAAAUCAGUUGCAGAGAUAGAACUCCAAUAUCCUUGUUUUUGUCAAAGUCGGGUUAAAGGUUUCACCCUAGAUCAGAGCUGAAGAAAAUCAAUAAUUCCCCUCCUCUUAAUCUGUAACUGUUCUUUCUCUAUUAAUUAUUGUAGGAGAGAGUUGAGUUUGAAGAGUACUCCUCAAAAAUCAAACGCACCCUUUGAUAGGCUGUCAAAUUGGAGAAAGGGGCCAGUCAUUCCCUUGAAUCUGAUACACAGGAACAGGAGGAGGUCCCAUUCAGUCCCCUCUUUGUGCCUAGGAACAAGAGGAAACUAUUCAAACCUUUGAGCCUGUUACAGAAACAGAUUCCUGAUGAAGGGCUUACGCCUGAAACGUUGAUUCUCCUGCUCCUCGGAUGCUGCCUGACCUGCUGUACUUUUCCAGCACUACAUUCCUGACGCCACAGAAACAGAUUCAGACUGUUGAACUAGUUACACAGGAACAUAAUGGGCAAAUUGGCUAACUCUUCUAAAAUAAAAUAAGGGACACUUUGAUCACUGGGAUGGGGCAGGAGACUCACUGAACGGAUGGGCAGGGUUUACUUGUGAAUGUGAGAGGUGGGAUGGAUUAGUUUCUGGUGUUCAAAUGAGCAUGAGAUGUGAGGUGCAGAAGUAGGCUAUUCAGCCAGCAAAUUGUUUAAAAGUAAUUUUGGUUCCAAGAUACCAUGCUGACCUUUUGUGACUACUUUUAACUUUUCAAUUUGUCUAGCGAUAACCUCCUGAAUGAUUGACUGAAACUCCUUCCUCAUGAGAGACUUUAAUCUAACUGGUCUUCAGUUUCUUGUACCCAGCCUCCCUCCCUUCUUGAAUACUGGGGUUAUAUUGGCUACUUUCCAGACAGGUGGAAACUUCAUUUGGGAUAUAGGGCACUCUACCUGGACCUCAUCUGCUCCAACCAUUCCUUUCUAUUUUUUUUCCUCUUUCUCCCUUUUUGUGUUUCUCCCUGACCUCAGCACAUAUCUGUUGAAGCACUGUCUGUGGCGCUGUCAUGGCCUGGCAUCUUGGCAGCCCAUUGCGGUGUCUUGGCCUGAUCUCUUAGUGGUCCAUGGUGGUCCCUCGGCCCGGUUUAUCAUGGCACAGUGUCGGCCUGAUCUCUCAGUGGUCCAUGAUGGUCUCUCAGCCCGGUUUCUCAUGGCAGACUAUCGGCCUGAUCUCUCAAAGGUCUGGGGUGGUGUCAGCCCGGUUUCUCAAUGCCUGAUGGCAAUCUCUUGGCCCGAUCUCUCGUUGACUUGUGGUGGUGUCCUGGCAUGUGAGGAGUCCCGCCCGGGCACACUCCGGCGGUGCCGUGGGAGAUCAGGGCGGCACUUCAGCAGCAGCAGACAUGGCAUCCCGUUCUAAUGCGGGAAGAGCAAGCGGUGACGGGGGGGGGGGGUCGUACUCCAAUAUCUGAGGUGGCAGCAUCGAGAACGGGCAACUGAGAUCUCCCAGGGAGUGAGAUAACCACCGGACCCAUCAAAGACUGCUGAACUUUUAACAUAUUCUUCUACUUUAAAUUAUGAAGGACUUCAAUGUGAACAAUUACCAUAUUUCUUUAUUUUCUAUUAUUCUAUGAAGGUAAUGCUCAAACUUUUAACUCUAUUCCUCUCACUACUUUGUACCGAAGCUUUUAGUAUCUAAGAUGGCGCAAUGUUUGGCGACAGUAUUCACGUUUCUCUGGGAUCCUGUAUUUCUGUACUUGAGUACAUCUCACAAUAAAAUCUAAAUCUAACCUUUCCAGAAUUUAGUGCACUUUGGAAGUUAACACUAUCACGUCAUUAUCUCAUUUGCCACUUCCUUUCGGGCGCUGGAAUAAAGGCCAUCAGGAGCUGGAGACUUAUUGACCCAAACAUCCAUUAGUGCUUCUACUGUUCACCUGGGGACCGGGUUCCAAGGUGUUUGGGUGAUUAGGACUUUGAUGUUGGGCGUAUUGUCUUGCCUGCUGCUGGUCUUUGUUGUUUCCACCUCAUCACAGCUAGUCAUCAAUUAUGCCCACAUUUUGCCUCCUCCUUCCUAACUAAAUCCCUACACAAUUCAGGAGGUUAACCUUGGUUCCCUGGCCUUUCAUUUUUAUUAACAGUUUCUCGUGUGGAAUCAAAUUCAAUGCCUUCCGGAAAUCCAUAAUUGCAAAAAUUAUGACCUGUUCUUUAUCAUCCACAUCCGUAAGACUGCUCAAAACCUUCAACGAUCUUCAUUGGAUCAGACUUACCUUUUUUAACAAAUUCGUGCUGGUUCUCUCAGGUCAUCUCAAAUCUCCCGAAAGUUCUCAGUCACUCAGUCCCCAGUAAUUGAUUCCUGUUAUGUCUCCAGGUUAAUCAAUUCAAGGUGAUCCCUCUGCACUCUUAAAUCAGGAAACAACACGGCUAGCAACUGAAGGAAACAUUGGGAGUAAAAACAGGAGUGAGAAAAGAAAAAAGAUCAGAUGGUUGGAUAAUAUUGAGGUGUGGACUGAGGGAGGCUUGAUGAAAGCCAGAGAAUAUUAGCAACCCCAGCUCUGGCUAUGGGAGACCCACCCAUGAUCAGAUGGCUCUUAUAAACGUUUCAGUGAUGUUGAUCAUUUUCCUCAUCCAACAUGGUAA